CAGAAUACCCCGCCCACACUGUGUGUGUCCGAGUCCUCGAGUGGCGGCGGUGCCGAGUCUCGUCACGCCGGUCGUCUGCGGACGUUGCCGUGGACAUGGCGGCGUCGGCUGCGACGGCCCCGGAGCAGGAGGACCGCAGGCCGAUCCGGAGGGUUCGAUCCAAGAGUGACACACCUUACAUCAAUGAAGCGAGGAUCUCUUUGCACCUGGAGACAGCUGAAGAAGUAGAAAGGCUAGCAGCAAUGCGCUCUGAUUCACUGGUACCUGGCACGCACACACCUCCAAUUCGGCGCCGAAGUAAAUUCGCCAAUCUUGGGCGGCUAUUUAAACCCUGGAAAUGGCGAAAGAAGAAGAGUGAAAAGUUCAAGCAGACCUCUGCCGUGCUGGAGCGAAAAAUGUCUACAAGACAAAGCAGAGAGGAGCUUAUCAAGAAAGGAGUGCUGAAGGAAGUUUAUGAGAAGGACAGUUCAUCAUCAUCUGUACGGGAGGAGGAGAAGCUAGAAAAUGGCCGUUCUCCGGAGCCCGGGUGUAACUUGUCACAAUCUGAAGGUACUGAGCCAAUGGAAGGAGCGGCUGCAAAUGAAGAUUCACUGGCGUUUGAGAUCCAUGCCGAUUCUACAGGUCAACAGGAACUUAUCCAAAAGUUAAACCAAGCUCCCUCUCCAAAAAAGCCUUCUGUGUAUCCAGGGGAUGAUACUGAAUCAACACUGCACACACCUCAUACGUUACAAAAACAACCUCCGGCCCUUCCACCCAAACCCAUUACCAGGAUGCCAAAUCACAGUACAGAUGGCACCCUGGUAAAGUUGCCGUGCAUGUCAGUGAAGUUAUCUCCUCCUCUACCUCCAAAGAAGCUCAUGAUUUCCGUACCUGCAGGGAGCAUGGAACCCUUGCCGCCUCUGCUCGCCUUCCAGAAGUGCUCUGCCCCUUCAAGCCAUGCUCCAGUGGGUGGGCAUUCACUACAGUACGGGACACUUCCCGUUCCUCUUCACCCACCCAGCCGAAUCAUUGAGGAGCUCAAUAAGACCCUGGCCCUUACCAUGCAGAGGUUUGAGAGUUCUAUGAUGCGUGCGGUUCCCACGUUGAUGAUGGAAUGUGACGACAAGGAGAAUCUCCCCAAUGAGGCAGAUUAUGAGGAUCUACCUGUUCUGUAUGGGGAUGAUUAUGAAGGAGAAGAAGAAGAAGAGGAGGAACUAGAAGAUGAAGAAGUGGAUGAGGAAGAUGAUGAUGAUGACGAGGCAUUAUUUACAAGCACACUGGCCCUGAAGGUGUUACGAAAGGACUCUCUUGCCAUUAAAAUCAGUAACCGUCCGUCAAAGAGGGAGCUGGAGGAGAAGAACAUUCUACCACUGCAGUCGGACCAGGAGCGACUCGAAUCCCGACAGCAAACAGCAACCAAACUCACACGACGGUUGAGUCAGCGGCCAACUGCUGAGGAACUGGAACAGAGGAAUAUCCUUAAACCUCGAAACGAUCUUGAGGAGCAGGAGGAGAAGAGGGAGAUCAAGAGACAUUUAUCCAAAAAACUCAGUCAGAGGCCAACAGUAGAAGAGCUGAGAGAAGCAAAGAUCCUCAUUCGCUUUAGUGACUAUGUGGAGGUUGCCGAAGCUCAGGACUAUGACAGGAGAGCAGAUAAGCCAUGGACGAGACUAACAGCUGCUGACAAGGCUGCCAUAAGGAAAGAGCUGAAUGAGUUUAAAAGCACAGAAAUGGAUGUGCACGAGUCGAGUCGACAUUUGACCAGGUUUCAUAGGCCAUAGAGGAAAGCCCUUUCAAGAUGAUAUUCCUGCACAAGAAACCAGUCAGACCGUUCUCUGCUGCCAUUGUACAGCAGAACUCCUCACCUGUGAUCAUGUUCCAUAGACUACACAUCGAGCAACCUUUUCUCUUUUGAGUCCCGCUUCAGUGUAGUUUUUAGACUGAUUCAAAUAUAAAAAGAUUUUUGUAUUAACAAACUUUGCACUUUUGUCAAAUCAAAUAUGUGCCAAUUUUAAUAAAUCUUAGGAAGGCUGGUCUUAAAAACUAUGACUACAACUUGUUUGGAAGUCCUAAUUUAGUUUUUGACUUUGUUGACCGUUUAACAUUUUUUUUAAUUGCCUUACAGACUUGUGUAUAUCCACCAAUGUUUGAUUAUCUUCAGGUCACAAGGCUCUUUGCAGCCAGUUACAAUUUGAUUCUCAGUGUGCAGUUGAGAAAUAUGACAGGGUACAAUGAUCAUGUUGAAAGAGAAAAAUGAUUAUGUGAAAUGGUAAAGGGGCUGUACACCAUGAGAUUUGAGUGUAGGACUAUUGUGACCUUUAAUACUUUCCUCAAUGUGUAAAAUUUAAAGAUAUGUUUCAUGUCAGUAUUAGUAGGAAUGUUUUCAUGGCUUCCAGUCACCCAAUACCUUGUUCUCACAAAAGUGUACGUCUUCAAAUUCAUGAAUCAACUGUGCAAUAAUUUCAGAUUGAUCUGUAUUUGUUAAUCUGUUUAUGGGUUGUAUUCAGAAGCUUGUAAACCUUCCAUAAACCAAAGCAACAUGACUGCAGCAGUCGAGUUUCAAAGAAUCUUGCCAUGCCGGAUAUUGACAGCUCAGUAACCCUGUAAUGUGCCUACAGACGUGUUUACAGGGAAUACAACACCUUAUUUACACAAUCGAUGAAAUCAACCUAAAGUACCGUACAUAGUUAUCGGACAUGAAUUGGCUUUAAAUACAGCAAAAUGAACAUUUUAGAGUCACUUUAGUGAGGCAAACCUGUGCAAUAAUCAUGCAACUUCUGAACUUCGAAUUUUAGAAAAGUAGAGGUCUCCCAAUACAAAUAUAUCAAGGAUGGUCACAUUUCAAUAUUCAUGAAUCAAAGUUGACAGAUGUACCCCCCCCCCCCCCUUUUUUUAAAGUACUCUGUAAAAUCUUGCUCUACUGUAAUUCAACUGACUGAUGAGCAAAAACACAACUGUUGCAUUUGUAUUUGUGUCAAGGCUACGUUGUUUCCAGUCAAAUGUGUGACUUCAAGGAGAAUGCAGUGCACUUGUAUGUAAGAGCAUAUGUGUGAUCGUCUGCAAGCUACUUGCUUGCAUGUUCAGAAUUCUUGUUAAUAGUCUUGUUAAUAAGAAAGUGACUUUUUAAAUGUUUUUGUAAAGCAGAAUUGCAUGAUGUAUUAUUUAUUGUGACUCUUCUAUGAUGUAUACAGUUUCUGUAAGAAAUGUGAAUUUGUCAGGUUGUCUAUUUUUUAACGCUAGCAUGUCACCAUGCUUACUAAGCCAACUAAUGUAGCUGCUUGCAGUAUCAACAGAGGUGGGUAGAGUAGCCAAAAACUACUCAAGUUAAAAAUAUAUAUAUAUUUGGUCAAAAUA